GGCAACAUAACUUUUAGUUGUCAAAAUAAAGUUAGGAAACGAACAAGAUAUUGUUCACGUUGGUAAUCGCUAACUGGUAUCUAUCUGGAUGAUACAGCAUUUGCAUGUUGGUAAUUUGUAUGUAUUUAUUGCGUCGCCAGACUUAAUAAGCAGUAUCGGGGAAUAAAAUAUCCAAGAUGACAGCGUCAUCAACUCUAGAUCCAAAACUUCGAAAUCUUAUUACGAGAUAUCUGCAUACCGGGAAUGAGGUUCCAAAAUAUUAUCCUGGAUGUUGGAACUCGCAUAAAUAUUUCGAAACAGACAAACUAAAAGCUAUUGAUGAAGUUUUGGGAAAAGAACCAAAAAAUGUUGAAGUUGUUAAAAUCAUUCUACAGGCUUACAAAGAUGGUUGGUAUACAAGGUUUGAGACAAUUGCGUUUGCUUUGACUAAAUGUCUCCUCAAUGGUUCCCCGGAAGUUAAAGAGGCAACAUAUAAAGCAGCAUCAGAAAUAUGUAACACUCCAGAAGAAAUGAUGUUAUUCAAUAAAUUCACCAGGCUCUUGCGAACUGGUAAUGGCCGUGGAUGGUGUAAGCAUGUCAAGGAAUGGUACAUUAGAAAAGAUCCAAUGGAACUAGCAAAAGAGAUGACAAGAGUGCGGGCAAGACACGGACGUUCUCACAAGACACUCCUAAAGAAAUCUCAUGUUAAGAUUCCUGAAAAUGAUCAUGUUCGAGAUGCUGUGAUCAAGUAUGCCAUUUUUGGUCUAAAGCGGGCUAAGCAAAUGUUGGGUAAUGUUGAAGGAACAAAAGAGGUGUUUGAUUACAUUCAGAUAGUUGAAGACAUGCGCCACUGCGAAGAUCCUGUGGCAGCAGCAAAAAUAGCUACCCAAAACCAAUUCACCCUUGAUCAUGUUCCAGGACAUCUGCUCACUUCACAGGAUGUCUGGAAUGCAGUACUGCCUCAAUUUUCCUUGGGACAGCUGCUCAGGAACAUUCAACGUAUACACAACAUGGGUUUUCUAACAAGCGACUCUACUACCACAGCAAUCCUUAUCUCACUGCUAAACAAUCAGGAUUUUAUUAAAAAAUCGAAAGUUACUCCGAUCGAAGUAUACAUCACUUUAUGCAACUAUAAAAAGAAGACCAGACCAUUGAAAUACGAAAAAGCUAAAGUAGCAAUGGAAAAGCAAGCACGACGUCGCACUCGUCAAAUCUUUGACACUAAAACAGAGCUUUGGGAGUGGACUGUCACUCGCCGCCAUCCAAAAGAAAUAAAGCAUUGGGGAAUCGACCAACCACCUAACCCUACUGUUCUGGCUGCACUCACCAAGCUGAUUGAUCAGACUUGGUUGCUCACUCCUCCAACUGAAGCCCGCUAUCUCAUCACUUUGGACAUGAGACACCAUAUGUUCAAAGGUAAAGGUCGUCAUUUCUGCAAAACUUUUGUGAUUCCAAAAAAGGGCAGGAAAACUUCAGCUAAAAGUACACCCGGCGGCGGCGGUGAUGCUGACACUGAAAAAUCGGAAAGCAAGAAACAUUUACUUGCCGAAUGCUUCUACAAUAAACAUGUGACUCCUGGACACGCCGCUAUAAUAUUAGCACUACAAUUGCUGAAGCGUGAAAAAAAUGCGAAAUUGGCAGUCUUCACUGAAGAUGGAAUACAGUUGGUCUCCAUUGAGCGUAACUUUAGCAACAUUGAAGAAGCAGAGUUUGUUUUAAGGAAAGCAAACUUAGGUCGCGUUCAACUUGACGCACCGAUUGAAUGGGCCAUCAAAACCAAUCAGGAGUUCGACGUGUUCAUUAAUAUGGUGGAUCGCACUACUCGCUACAUGGAACUAGAAAUCUCUUCUCGCGGUGGGCGAGGACCGGGAGGGCGAUUUGGUCCACCACCACCUCCAUCAAAGGAGAUAGAAGACCAUUGUCCCGUUCGAGCUCUGGAGCGUUAUAGGGCGAAAACAGUACCAGAUGCUAAGAUGAUCGUGAUGUCGUUAGCCUCGCACCGAAUAGCGACCACCGACGGCACCCACGAGGGCGUGCUAGACAUCGUCGGUGUCGACGAACACGUACCGAAACUGAUGGAUGCGUUCGUCCUCGGCCAGUUCAAGUAGAUCCGCACUUGGAUUAUAUUAUCAACACAUUGGAAUUAACUUUUCGGCGACGGUUGUAUCUUAUGCAAUUUAAUCGACUUCCUUUUACCUCAGUAUUUGAUUUGUUUACACCAUGAUGUGUUCCGAACCAAAUUGAAAAUUAAAAAAUAUAUACGAAAAAAUUUUGUAUGUAAUGAAAUGCCAAUUGGCUAUGCUUUUUAUUGAGAGAGAGAGAGAGAGACGAAAGAUUGUAAUUUUUAUUCGUUUUAUAAUUUUCAAUUUUAAUUUAUCAUAUCAGGUUCGGUCACGUUAAAACUAGUUUCAAAGAAACAAUUCAAACAAGUAGCUUUUAAUUAUAUAUUUUUUUUAUGUUAAAUUACGCAUUAGAUAUAAUUCAGUUUGGUUUUGAGGUUUAUUAAUAAACACGCUGCUACAUGCAAAUAUAUUAUGCUACCUAACAUUGUGGGUAUUUUAAGAACUUAAAAGCCACCACCACCAAACAUUUAAGAUUGAUAAAAGUUUAAUGUGACUAGAAAUGAUAUUUUUGUAUCAGUUCUGGUAGUGAACAUUCUUAGAUCUCUGUCUGAACCUCGUUUAAUGGGGAAAGUCUUUGUUAAUUAUUAUAUUUAGUAAGUUGUUUCGCUUAGAUAUUUUACUUAAAAUUAAUCUAUGGUUUAAGACUUUUAACUCAAUUUUUAUCACAAUCAUUUCUGGUAGUGACAUAGAAAAUGAUUUACGGUUUUUUUUUUGUUUUUUCUUUAUAUUUAUAGGGAUGCUUAAUAAUCUAAAGCUUUUAUGCAUAACUUUUAUUCUUAUUCAAUAAGAAUAAACACAUAUUUUGUAGUUUUAUAAUGAAGUACCUAUCCUUUCAGGGGAUAUUGUCAAUAUGGUUUGUUUCUUAAAAGAUUUUUCAAUAUUAACAUACCCUCAUACAGGUUAGGUAUUUUAAAUUAUAGUUUUAUUUUUUAUAUAAAGCUUAUUUGUAACAGGGUCUUUUUGGUCAUUCAAAAAAUUGGCACCUGAUGCUCAUUGUACUCACGGAAAUGUGUUCAAUAAUGCAAAGAUGAGUAAAUGCGGUGACAAUAGCCGAAAUUGCUUUUAUGUUUAACUUAUAAAAGAUUAUAUUUCAAAAAUAAAUAACCGCAAGAUCGAUCGCCAGUACUUUAUUAAUGUAGUUAUCGUGUUUGAAAUUUUAUUUAUUACUGUUUUUAAAGAUUUUGAAACGGUGGUUAGUGGGGUUAUGCGUUGAAUCUUUCCUCUUUGCCAAAGUAAAAUAUGCAUUUGUAAUUUAAUUCAAAAAGUACUGGCGUAGAUGUUUAUUUGUUAACAAUAUAUAUAUAAUAGAAUAUCUCUCGUAUUAUAGACUAAUAGAAAACUGAUACAUGCUCAUAAUAAAUUUUAUAGGUACAUACAAGUUUUCGGAUGUAUUUUUAUUGUAGCGUAAUAAGAUUCAAUGUUACAUUUAAUUCCCGACGCGAUGGGCAUGUAUCAAAUUUCGCACUGUUCGUAGUAAUAAGUAAAUCCGUAUCGAUAUGUUGGUUACUUUUGUACUGAUAAGAGCGGACUUCAGAAUCUGUGAUCACUUGGUACUCUCUCGGGUUUAAGUAAUUUUUUAUAACUGAUUGUUGAAAAUCUUUUAAACCUAAAACUCGAAAUUGCUAGGUUAUACGCUUUUUUUAUUACUUAUGUUAUUUUGUUGUGGAAUGUUAUAGAUAACCAAUUACUUAGUAUUAUGCCAAGCACACUAUUUAUUUAUCAAGCUGUUAAAAACGAUAUGUUUCAAUGUUAUGAGUGACUUGAAUUUUAUUGGUAUAAAAAGAGGAAGAUUGAACGCGUUCUUGUUUUCCAUUAAUUGUAAUCAUUUUAUUGAUUGUCACUGAAUAAAAUAUUGAAACUUAUUUAUUUAGAAGCUUGUAUUUCAAAAAUAGCAUUCUGUGAUUAUUGAUGCCUUGGCAACUGCAUACCUUAGUGAUAUUUUAGCCUAAAGGCUGACAUUUCUUUUGGAGUCAAAUGAAAUAAAAGAAAAUGGCCGAUUUUAGGUAAUAUUUAGACAAAGCAAAAUAACUAUAACAAUUAAAAACAACUUUAAAUCCUAUCACAAUAUUUUUGUAUGAUUUCUGUGAGAAAAGAAUAUAUUAACAAUUUUAUAAAUGUUUAAUAACCUAUAUAAAAUAUGAAAUCAUAUUGACUUAAUAUUUUAUGUAUAUAGUUUAGUAGCUUUUUUCAGUUAAGCAUUUCAAAAAAAAACCUCUCGCUGAUUAGUAUAGAUAAUCAUUUUUUUGGCAAUAAAAUAUAUACUUUUCUCUAUGAAAUAAAAAGAAUCAUUUUUUCCGUCCCAUUUGUAAAACUCUCAUUUUAAAUUAUGUUAGUCCUAAGUUCAGAAUAUUAUUUGUUUAACCAGUCACAGCGGCAUAUCAAUGGCACCUUAAACUAAGUAUAACAAAAAUGUAGAUAGCAUUUAAAAAAUGUACUUGCAUGAUUGUUUUCAAGUUUAAUAAACAUCUAAAUUCAAA